AUGUCAGACUUGAAACUGAUCUUAGUCAUUGGCGGAACGGGCGCCCAAGGCAUCCCAGUUGUGAAAGCGCUCUCUGAAAGCACUCGCUAUAGUGUGAGGGUCCUCACUCGAAACUCCAAAUCACCCCGGGCUCUUCAGCUGGCUGCUUUGCCGAAUGUUACUCUCUUUGAAGGUAGCCAAGACAAUUUGGAGGACCUCCAUGCUGCGUUCAAUGGGGUGUAUGGUGCGUGGGUGAACCUGGAUGGGUUUACUCUUGGCGAGAAAAACGAAGGUUUUUACGGCAUUAGGGCCUAUGAGAUUGCCAGGCACCAGGGUGUGAAGCAUUACAUCUGGGCAAAUUCAGACUACGCGCUUCGCAAAGCAGGUUGGGAUGAAAAAUACCACUGGGGCCACAACGAUGCGAAAGGCCGCAUUGGCGACUUAAUCCUCAGCCAUGGCCAGGAGGGCAUGAAGACGACGCUAUUCACUACUGGCCCAUAUAUGGAUAUGCUCUGGGACGGCAUGUAUGUGCCACAGGAACAGGAUGACGGAUCAUUUGUUUGGGCGAAUCCUGCUAGUGACGGGAAAAUUCCCCUAAUAGCACUUGAAGAUGUCGGUUUCUAUAAUCUCUGGAUCUUUGACAACCUACAUGAGUCAGCUGGCCUUGACCUUGAAGUCGCCACGGAUCAAGUCAGUAUGCCGGAUAUUGCAGAGACAUUCACCAGAGUCACUGGCAAGAAGGCUACUCACAAGUGUCUACCGCUCGAGGAAUAUUUAGAAAAAGCUGAACCUUAUCCCAACGCGCCCGCCAACUGGGCUGCAGGCCCAAACGCGGUUCGUGACAAAUCUACUAUGACUUGGCGGGAGAAUUUCACGGCUUGGUGGCGAUACUGGAGCGAGGGCAAAGGCGCGACCAGGGAUAUGGCGUUGUUGGAUAGAAUCCAUCCACAGCGAAUCAGGAGCUUGGAGGAGUGGAUGAGAAAAGUCAACUACGAUGGAAAUCGGCGGGAAGUCCUCAAGGGGAUUAGAGACCUGAGAAGCCAACUCUCUGGUAACAGCUCCGAAUAA